UCCGGUAAAAUGGCGCCUUUGCUUUGUCUCCACUGAAAAAAAAAGGUUUGCUUCAAUAUUUUAAAUUUUUUCUAAAAUACAAAUUACUGAGAAUUAUCUGUUUUACAUCUCCGGGACGACGUGCCAAGAACUACACGUGUCUCAGUCAUUCAAGAAAUGACAAAAGAGUACAGUAGAUUAAAUGAGUAGAACCUCAGCUGAAUCUACAGACCAAAUGAUGGAGCAGGAAGUAGAUCAUCUUCCGAUUACAGACCAGAUGGAGGAGGAGGAGGAGCGAGGUCAACUUCAGAUUACAGACCAGAUGGAGGAGGAGGAGGAGGAGGAGGAGGAGGUCAACAUCGGAUUACAGACCAGAUGGAGGAGGAGGAGGAGCCUGGGAGCUCAGCAGAGACUGAGAGACCCUCCUCUUCUCACACCAAGAGGAAGCCUGCUGUUACAGCCAAGCACACCGGAGGGAAUGAGUCUGACACAUCGGACGAGAGUGGACAGGAAGAUGGCGCCUCUGACAACCCCUCAGAUGAUACCACUUUGGAGGAGAGGAUAGACUGCACCGCCUGUGGACAGCAGGUCAACCACUUCCAGCGCCACUCAGUGUUUGAGCACCCGAUGCUCCAUGUGCUCCUCUGCAAGUCGUGUUAUAAGUAUUACACCAGCGAUGACAUCAAUGAAGACGAGGACGGCAUGGACGAACAGUGCAGGUGGUGUGCUGAAGGUGGCAACCUGGUCUGCUGUGACUACUGCCACAACGCCUUCUGUAAGAAGUGCAUCCUGCGUAACCUGGGGCGCAAGGAGCUGUCUAUGAUCACCGACAAGGACAGUAAAUGGUCCUGCUAUAUCUGCAGCCCUCAGCCUCUGUCAGACAUCGCCUCCAACUGCUCCAACAUCUUGACCAAGCUGGAGAGCUUCUGGCGCACGGGACGCAAGAAAAAGAGGGAGGAGAAAGAGAGGAAGGAGGUGAAAGGGCACAGUAAGGGUAAAGGUCACCACCACCAUGGUAAAGCUGUGGUGAACGGUAAGGAACAUUCAGACGGGUCAGGGACCCUCACCUUCUCCUAUAAGACCCUGAAGGUCCUCAAGGAGCUGGUGAAGAGGACCAAGAAGCUGAUUGAGACGACCACAGGGCUCAACAGUACCUUCAUCCAGCAGGCUGAGGAGGAGCAGGGAGCAGGAGGAGGUGGCAGUGGGACCAGACACCUCAAUGCCUUCAGGUCUGUUCUGGCUGAUAUGAAGAAGGCCCAUGCUGCCCUAGAGGAGGACUUGGAGUCACAGUUCACUUCCCAGGACCAGGGGAUGCAGAACGGGGAUGCUGUUUCCAACACCGACGGCCACGAUCAGAUUGACAACAUGGUUGAGGAUGGACAGGAGGCAGAAGAGGAUAAAAUGGCCGACACUGAGGACGGGGAGGAGCUAGAGGAGGAUGGGGGCUUGUCAGAGGACGCAGAGAUGGAGGGGAGCCCCGCCCCCGCGCCUCAGGACCACUCGGACACAGAGACAGAUAGCCAGGCCAAAGACCAGACAGCAGUGGAGGAGGAGGGUGACCGGAAAAAAGACAUUGUGUCCGUCGGGCCGGCCGUCCCUGACGAGCUCUUCCAAAUGGUAGAGAGUCUGGCGGACUCCGCAGGGUUAACGCCCGGCAACGACACCAUGGAAACCACCGCUGCUAGCCAAUCCGAGAGCCCCGCCGCUGACUCAAACAGGAAGUCACUUGAAACCCAUAAGGAGAAGGCCAUGCCCAAGGUGAAGAACCUGAUCGUGAAGCUGACGCCCGUUCCAGUGGUUACCACACGCACCUCCAGGUCUAUGAGCAAGGAUAAGGAUGGGGGGAAGGAGAGGAGUAAGGAUGGAGGCAUGGAGAAGAGUAAGGAGGAGGUGGAGGAAGGUGGGGGCUCUGAGGAGGACAGCCGCCGCUCCAGCCGCACAAAGACCACACCCCUCAGGAAGUCACCGGAUGGGAAGAACAAGAUGGCCGAAUCCUCUCCAGAGAACAGUGACUCAGAGGGCAUGAGUCCCAGCAGGCUGAAGAGUAGAGCCAAAGGCAGCUCGGAGAAGGAACAUGAGGAGGAGGAGCAGCAGAGCAAUGCCUCCCCCAAGUUGACCGCUGACCCUUCUAAACAAGAAGUGGACUCUGACUCUGACGAGGUUCUGGACAUCCUGCUCCAGACUGCAGCGGCAGAACACAGCUCGGACGAGGAUGCGCAGCAGGACGCCGAUGGUAACCAGGGCAACAGUAGCUUCAAAAGGUGCCUGUUCAAACUCAGCAAGAAAGAUGGAGAGGAGGAAGAGAAUGACAAGGUGAAGACUGACAAGAAGCUGGCGGCCAAACGCAAACUGAAAGCCGACGAUUCAGACAACUCAGAGUCCGACUCAGACGAAGACGCAAAGAAGAAGAAGAAAAAGAAGUCCUCCUCAGCUUCUGCCAAAAAGACAUCCAAGAAGAAGGGCUCGGACGGCUCCUCCGACUCGGACCUGGAGAUGGAGGGACUCAGCAAACUGGCGACGGGGAAACGGAGGAGCAGCCGUGUGAAGAAGGAAAGAGAGAAGGAGAACAAGGGCGGAGAUCGGAGGCGGUCGUACGAACUGAAACGCAAAGCCAGAAGUAGAGGAGCCAAGCAGCAAGAUUCAUCGUCUGAUGACGAUGAGGAGGAGGAGGAGGGAGGAGGGUCUGGAGAGGAGAGUGGAGACCAGCAGAAGAUUAAACCCAUCGUGGAGGAGACGGUGCUAGCAGGGAGGGGAACCUUCCACCAGUCCUCAGGAGAUGAAGGUAACCAUGACGCUUCUCAGAUGGGCGAUGAGGAGGACGAUGAUGAUGAGCCUGAGAACAGAAUUGCCAAGAAGAUAUUGGCCCAGAUCAAGGCUAACUACUCUUCAGGAGCAGAGGAGGGCUCUGACGAGGACGGAGAAGAGAAUGAAGAGAAGAAGGGGAAGGGAGGAGAGGAGCAGGACGACGAUGAUGAUGAAUGGGGCUCUGGCUCUGAUGUGGACAUGAAGACGAGUGUGGGGCGUUACCACCGGCUGCUCCGCCACAAACUGACGCUGUACGAAGUGGAGUCGGGAGAGGAGAAGGAGAAACCAGCCAGCAAGGGGAAGAAGAAGAAGGAGACCAGACGGAAAGUGGGUAGUGAUGACUCAGCAGACCCAGACUUUAAGGAGUCAGCUAGCAGCAGUGAGUCAGGAGUUAGUGAGGAGAUCAGUGAGAAGGAAUUGUCGUCAGAGGAGUCGGAGUCUGAGAAGGAAGGAAGUAGCCAAAAGAGGACCACGCGCUCCUCCGUGAAGAAGAAGAAGGAGGAGAGGAGCUACUCCCAGAAGAAGAAACGGCGCCGCAUCAAGACCCAGGAUUCUUUAUUCGACGACAAGAGCGGGUCAGGAGAGGACGGCUCGGCGAAGGAGGAUGGAGACACUCCUAAAGGACAGAGGAAGAAGAUCAGAAAAAUCCUCAAAUACGACGAGCUGAGGACGGAAACGAGGGAUGCCCUGGAGGAGGAGGAGGAGAGGAGGAGACGCAUCGCUGAGAGGGAACAGCUCAGGGAGAAACUCAGAGAGACUCUAUAUGUCCCUCCCGACCAGGUACUCGUGGUGGAGGAGGCGUCCGCCGUGGCUUGUCCAAUCACAACCAAGCUGGUGCUGGAUGAAGACGAGGAGACCAAGGAGCCCAUGGUGCAGGUUCACCGCAAUCUGGUCAAUAAGCUCAAACCACACCAGGUCGACGGAGAUGAAGGUAACCAUGACGCUUCUCAGAUGGGCGAUGAGGAGGACGAUGAUGAUGAGCCUGAGAACAGAAUUGCCAAGAAGAUGCUGGCCCAGAUCAAGGCUAACUACUCUUCUGGAGCAGAGGAGGGCUCUGACGAGGACGGAGAAGAGAACGAACAGAAGAAGGAGACCAAGAGGACCAGACGGAAAGUGGUUAGUGAUGACUCAGCAGACUCAGACUUUAAGGAGUCAGCUAGCAGCAGUGAGUCAGGAGUUAGUGAGGAGAUCAGUGAGAAUGAAUCGUGGUCAGAGGAGGAGUCGGAGAAGGAAGGCAGUAGACACAGGAGGACCACGCGCUCCUCCGUGAAGAAGGAGGAGAGGAGCUACUCCCAGAAGAAGAAACGGCGCCGCAUCAAGACCCAGGAUUCUUCAUCUGACGACAAGAGCGGGUCAGGAGAGGACGGCUCGGCGAAGGAGGAUGGAGACACUCCUAAAGGACAGAGGAAGAAGAUCAGAAAAAUCCUCAAGUACGACGAGCUGAGGACGGAAACGAGGGAUGCCCUGAAGGAGGAGGAGGAGAGGAGGAGACGCAUCGCUGAGAGGGAACAGCUCAGGGAGAAACUCAGAGAGGUACUCGUGGUGGAGGAGGCGUCCACCGUGGCUUGUCCAAUCACAACCAAGCGGGUGCUGGAUGAAGACGAGGAGACCAAGGAGCCCAUGGUGCAGGUUCACCGCAAUCUGGUCACGAAGCUCAAACCACACCAGGUCGACGGGGUCCAGUUCAUGUGGGACUGUUGUUGUGAGUCGGUGAAGAAAACCAACAAGAACUCUGGUUCUGGAUGUAUCCUGGCUCACUGUAUGGGCCUGGGAAAAACACUGCAGGUGGUAACCCUCCUCCACACACUACUGCUGUGUAAAAAGUUAGACUUCUCCACGGCUCUGAUCGUCUGUCCUCUCAACACCGUUCUCAACUGGCUCAAUGAGUUUGAGAAGUGGCAGUACGGCUUCAAGGACGAGGAGAGUUUAGAGGUGACGGAGCUGGCCACGGUGAAGCGUCCUCAGGAGAGAGCGUCUGCUCUGCAGCAGUGGCAGGAGGAUGGAGGAAUCAUGAUCAUUGGCUAUGAGAUGUACCGUAACCUCACUCAGGGUAGAAACAUCAAGAGCAAGAAACUCAAAGAGACCUUCCAGAAGACCCUGGUUGACCCAGGCCCAGAUUUUGUGAUCUGUGAUGAGGGCCACAUCUUGAAGAACGAGGCGUCGGACAUCUCUAAAGCCAUGAACUCCAUCAAGACCCGACGGAGAGUGGUGCUCACCGGCACUCCACUGCAGAACAACCUCCUAGAGUGUAUGUCCAUUACUUCCUGUUAUAUCCAGACCGCUGGCCUACAGGACAUUCGGAAAUAAUUCAGACCCCUGGACUUUUAACACAUUACAGCCUUACUCUAAAAAAAUGUUUUUUGAAAGCCCCCCCCCCCCUCAUCAUUCUACACAUAAUGACUAAGCAAAA